AUGAUCGUUGUGUGCCUCAUUGAUCAUCAUCACCAAGUUUUAUCUAGUCAGGUGAUGUGUGAUAUUGCAAAGAUUAUUGGGUGUAAACAUGUCGGUGAUUGGGCAAUAAGAAUUUGUGAAAGUAGUAAUAUAGCAAACACAAAGAUUACAAAAAGUGUAGUGAAUCUAGCACUAUCAGGUACUCAAGCUCCAAAUGAUUUGGCUGUUGCUCAAGAUAUGGCACUGGAUUUGAUAAAAACAAUAGGAUCAGAAACAUACAUAGUCAUAAACAAUUCAACAGAAACUGUUGUAUCAUCAGUGAUCUUACAGUUUCUUGAAUCAAUUCUUGCUGACAUGGAUCGAAUCAGUAUGAAGAUGAAAACAUGUUUCACUAGUGCUUAUAAAGGGAUAGUGGUAGAUGAUGAUGACGAUGAUGAUGAUGAUGAUGAUGAUGAUGAUGAUGAUGAUGAUGAUGAUGAUGGGAUACACAAGUCACAUUUGACAUUAGAAGAGACUCUGUACCAUAGGGAUGAAGCUGUCAUGGAACUGUUAUCUUCUUUUGUGGUGAUGAAUCUCAAGGAUCUUCAAGGUGAACAUGUAGUGAGAUUGGCUGCUAAAUUCUACAAGAACUUAGCUAGGGUUUCAAAGUUUCUUAUCGCACCUAAAGGUUGCAAGCAGAUUUUACCUAGUCUUAAGUUUCAGAAUCAUCCAUAG